AUGACUCAUCUAUACACUAAAAGAUUUACUCCAUGGAACACGGAGUCAACACCAACAUCCGGAUCUUCCAGCACAACCACUAUUGCAUCGCGAAGCUCGGAAUACAUGCUUUCGAAAAGUCCCAUAGGUGAAGGUUCUUACUCAGUGGUGUAUGAAUGUAAGAACAAACAUACAGGAAACCACUAUGCAGCAAAAAAGUACAACAAAAGUCUAUCAUACGGUUUGGAGCUGCUACUACAAGGAGAGUUUGAGAUAUUGAGUCAGAUAUCGAUGUCGCAUCCGCGUAUUCUACUGUUAUUUGAUUAUUUUGAGACGAGCAAUAGCUUUUAUUUUGUCACAGAUUUAGCUGAAGGAGGCGACCUAUUCAACAAAAUAGUUUACGAUUCACCUGGUGGUAAGAUUGAGCCUUCAACAGCAAGAGAAAUUGUGACUCAACUAAUAUCGGCUGUGUCAUACCUACAUUCAAACUCUAUAGUUCACAGGGAUAUAAAACCCGAAAAUAUUUUGUUUUCCCUGCAUAAUUCCAAUGAGAUCUUGCUUGGUGAUUUUGGCUUGGCUAGAGUGUUGAAACCGCAUCAGAAGCUACAUGAUAUGUCUGGAACUUUGAGUUAUAUGGCACCCGAAAUGUUUAAUAGGGAAAAGGGGUACAGUUUUCCGGUUGAUGUUUGGGCCAUUGGGGUCUGCGUAUACUUUAUGUUGUGUGGAUACAUGCCAUUUGACUGUGAAACAGAUGAUGAAACAAAAGAUGCCAUUAUGAAUAAGAAGUACUUGUUUGAACCUCCAGACUAUUGGGUCGACGUUCCAGAGUCAGCCAAAGACUUUAUACUCUCAUGCUUUGAAACGAGCCCGGAAAGUAGACCCACACUGAACGAGUUAGUUAAUGACCACUCUGAUGAUAUCGCCAGAUCGACAUGCGGCAAAGAUGAUACAGAUGCAGCCACAUUUGCAACACAAAAGGCAGAAAUUCACAAAAUUUUUCAAAACAUGCCCAGACAUUCUCAAGCAAAAGUCGGCUCGCCAAAGCAGUAUUCGCCAGCAACUUUCCUAGAGGCAGAAGAUGAUGUUGUUGCAAGGGGUGCAUUUUGCAUGACUCCAGAAUGCGUUACUGAAUUGAAUACUCCGAUCACUUCUACGUGCCCGUCACGCGAACAGUCCUGGUUGCAAUUGAAGAAACUGAAAGAAAAUAUGACAAACAAGUUAGGAGGCGGAAUACGCGUUGCUGAAGGUAAACAGCGGUCUCCAGCUAAAUUUUCCAUUUGA